AUUGUUUUCCCUUUCUUUUCUCGACCAGAAGCUUCCUUUCUCAAAUAACACCUAAUUACCUAGCUAACCCUAAAACAUAAGAGAAAUAUCCUUUGCAUCUUUAUUAGACAUAUGUCACACAAUUGUGAGCCAGUAGAUUAAAAUAUGUGAUAGAUAGAUAUGAAUUGAUUUGGGCGGUCUUGAGCUUAUCUUCAAAAAAGAAGGCCCGGUAGAUUAGGCUCGGCCCAUCGACAACACGGGCCAAUUUCUUGUUUACCUAUAUUCGGCCUAUAUAUAAAUUUUGCCUAAGAGCAACAAGUAGAAAUGACAAGGGAGCUCAAAUUGAAGCUUUAUACGGGAAGCAAAAAUGGUCAGACAAGAAGAAGAGGAAGAGGAUAUAGUUUGCUUGGACGAAUCUUUCUUCAUCAAUGACAAUUACCAGCUAACUACUUUCACAUUUGGGUCUCAUGUUCUCCAGCUCUUUUGCCUCCAAUCAGCUUCAACUGAUUUUGAUUUGACAGGGCAAUUGGUAUGGCCUGGUGCAAUGCUUUUGAAUGAUUAUCUCUCUAAGAAUGCUGAGAUUCUUCAAGGAUGUUCCAUGAUUGAAUUGGGCUCUGGUGUAGGUAUUACUGGCAUGCUCUGCAGCAGAUUUUGUCAUCAAAUUCUUUUGACUGAUCAUAAUGAAGAAGUACUGAAGAUCUUGAGGAGAAACAUAGAGCUGAAUUUGUCUUCUGAAAGCCCUAGUUGCUGUGCUGCUGAUGUCCUCUUUCACAUCUUACAUGCAGCACUAGAAGCUGAGAAGCUAGAGUGGGGAAACUCAGAUCAGAUUAACAGGAUUUUACAAAAAUAUCCUGGAGGUUUUGAUUUGAUACUUGGUGCUGACAUUUGCUUCCAGCAGUCAAGUGUUCCUCUGCUUUUUGAUACUGUACAACAGCUCCUGUGCGAAAGGGGAAGUGGCCAUUGCAAGUUCAUACUAGCAUAUGUAUCCCGAGCCAAAAUGAUGGAUUUGAUGGUUAUCGCAGAAGCUACUCAACAUGGUAUGCUGAUAAAUGAAGUAGCUGGGACACGGUCUGUGGUUGGAAAUCUCGAAGGAGUCAUCUUUGAAAUCACACUUUGCUAGAGCGGUUGAGGUGCUAAAUAAACAUUGGACGGUGGAAACUCGGGUUCAGGAGAGGGGAAUAUCUGGAGAAGCUAGUAAUAUACAUAAGGAUGGAAGAAAAAGAAAGGAACUAGAUCUAAUAUCAAAAUGGUUCAACUAGCCGCUUGUAUGCAAUGUUCUUGUGCCAAAUGAUUCAUGCUCAGAAAGGAAAAGAUUCAGAGGGCUACUAGAAAUUUGCUACUAAAAUACUUUUUAAAAUUUUGCAUGCUCUUAAUUACAGGGUUCAUAGGGUUGGAAGGGCUUGCACUGCAGCAUUGGAUUGAAUUGUCUGUUUGUAUCAGUUUUUUCAGAAGCCCUAUUAGUCUA